GUAGCUUGUACUAAAGAGGAUACAGUCUGUGCGGAACUCCAUUACAAUCAUUUUUACUCGACAACUAGAGUUCGUGACCGGGAGUUGAACCCGAGGAGACGAAACCAACGUUGUUCCCGCACAUGCGUAGACCAGUUUCUGUAUUUUCUUCGGGGUCACGGACAAUUUAACUGUUCUAGGUAAUGGUGGUUGAGCAGCCAGUCCAGAACACCUCGAAGCAGACGACAGCAUUACAAAAACGGCGGCUCAUUUGAAAGACUCGGAACAUCAACAGCCAUUCAUUUUAAUCCAACUCCGAAACACGGUGGUAUAUAGAUCUCAAUAUGGAGCAGCCAUUAGAUCUAAGUCAACGAGAACAUUCAGACAGCCCUGCGGCUAAUAAAAUGGAAACGGAUGACGUCAUAUGUCCCUACGUUAACUGCGCGUGCCCGUUAAGGCACGUGCCACCAAUAGAUAUCCGUCUUUCCCAGCACUUCGGACAUUUCGGACAUCUUGGAAAUGUUAUGGCGCCGAUUGCGCGUGCGCCUUUCGGAUACCUCCCUGGAUUUUAUACUGACGCAAUGCGUAUGGAACCAAGCUCACUGUAUUUGAAUAAACGGAAUCCGAUUCAUGAUGCUAGUCAAAAUUCUGGGGUGGUUCAUCCAAAAAGGAGAAAAGUUGAGGAAUGUAGACAUACUGUGACAAAAUCAGCACCUUGUGAUGAAUCAUCUAGCUCAAAAUCAUCUGUGUCGCCUAAGACACGUUUCUUUCGUCCAGGAUUUCCAAUGGAAAAUGGUGAGACAUCUUCAUCGUCGUCGUUGUCAGUUUCUCCUACGUCAUCUCUUUCAUCGUCGACAUCAUCAUUGUCGUCAUCGCAUUCUCCUUCGAACAUCAGCUUUGAGAAAAAGGUCCAACCUGACGAGGACAGUUUUAGAACACCAAAACGUGUCUCACCAUCUGCCAUAAUCGAACCCUAUGAUGUCAGUAUGACGGAGGAAAGCUCCGCAGUAAAUGACAAUAAUGUUGCCCAACGUGAACGGAGCAAAACAAUAAGUUAUAUGGAACGUUUACCUAAGAAACGUGUUGCGGGUCGCCUUUUGUCUCAGGAUACGUCAAAUAGCAGCUCAUUUAAUAUCAACCAAUCACAGACCACAGCAGCCGUCAGCCCCGACACAAGGAACUCGCCUAGCAGUAGUCCAGGAUGUGACGUCAUAACCGGAAACGACAGGAAUCAGUCAAAUGCUGGACAAAAUAUGGACGUUCCGUCUCCCUCUGUUUCGCCCGUUGACAAGGAAACACGUCCGAAGGUCAAACCGAGUUACGAUGUUUCUUCUUUAAAAGCAGACAUGAUACGCGAAAUUGACGAAGCAGAAAAGCGUGAAAGAUGCCCUAGCCGGCAAAAGACAACUUAUAUAGGAUACGGAAAGAGUAGACCAAGCGAGUCCAAAGUGCAACACAGUGAAACGAAUUUACGAGACGAAGUUGCAGAAAAUCCCGGUGGAGUGCGCAUGACAGCGCUAGAUUAUCUUAUAUCUAAAACCCUGUUACAACGGGAGGACAGGCCUUAUAAGGCGAGGAAUCACCAUAUACACCAAAUCAUACGCGGAGAGAAACCCGGUAAAUUGUGUUUAAUGGACAUAGUCGAGCUCCAAGUGGAAAUAGGAUUAGCAUGAGAGUGACCUCCCUUGUAUCGAGGGUAGAUAGAGAUUGACUUACGCAAUAUAUACUAUACGUUACAUUGUGUGUGUGUGUUUGAGGUAGAGACUGAUAAAUAGAUUAAAAAAAAUAGAUCUUAUAGAUAAAUGUGACCCGCAUAUUAAUGAAUAAGUGUCUAUGGUUGAAUGUUGUAUACAGUGGAACCUGUGUUACCCGACACCCUAUGGUCAUAUUGGACAGCAACUCGGAAAAACGAAGGUAUUAUAUGGUCAAUUCAAUAAAAAUGAAUAAGACGGGUGGUCGAAAUGUUCAAGGGAUCGGUUUUGACAGGUUUUACUUUACCAUUAUCAAAACAUAUUUUAACAGUGAAAAAAAGUCUCAUUUAAUCAAGGUAGCUAUCCACGACCCUCAGGAUAAAAUCUCGCUCUUUACUGACCUGUACAACAGUGGACAUCUGUCGGGCAGCAGACAUUCGGAACACCUCGGCCGAUUCGGUCAUCUUUGAUGAAAGGAACUGGAAUCGGGGCAAGGUGUUCCGAGUUGGACAGAAGAACGAUGGAGUACGAUCAGUCUAGAGUGUUUCCAAAGUGUGCUGAAUAGAUAUUUGCGAAUGCCGUUAAAAAGUUAUGAAUGUAGAAUCAUAAAAUCGCGCUAAUCAGACAAUGAAAAGUAACCUGUAUCGAUAAGACAAUCAGGAACUGUUCUGCAUUCGUCCAAGUGCGUUGAAUAGGCACUGGAGUACAAAUUUGAAAAGAAAAGUUAUGAAUCAGUGUUAUUUUCGUAUUGAUCACACAGUGUGCUGAAGAGACAAUUGCAGACGACAUCGAAAAUGUGUUACCUACAUUUUGUAGAUUGUUCAAUCUUACCAAAGUGCACUGAUCAGUUGUUAAGUAUGACUUUCAAAAGCCAUUCGACAGUAUGACGAUGGAAAACGAUGAUUAUUCAGUUUGUGUUGCAGUGCGCAUGCUCGUUCUUUGGAUGUCGAUUACAGUACCAUUAGGUAUAAGUGCUAACAUAAAACGUGACAACUCUAGCCAUAUAUUAUACAGAGUUAUCGGACUUGAUCAAAUCAAUAUGAUACGUCGCUACCUCUUCUCGUAGUUCCUGUUCAUCAUGCAUUAUAAUGGAAUUGGUCGUAUACGGUUCCCAAUUUCGUUUUUCUGAAACGGAGCUAGGAACCCUUAUAUAAGGAAAGACAACUCUGGCUGGAGAUUGGUAAUUCUUGGAUGUCCGCUAAAAGACUCUAAUGGACAAUGAGAGUCCCGAUAGAAAGUUCCUUAUAUACACUAGGGUAUUGAUUUGUUUAACUGCGUGGUUGAUUUUUGGUAUAUUGUUGUAUUUGUAUUGUUAUUAGUAGUUUGAGAGAGACAAUAGUUGGUAUUUGUAUGGCUUUACUGUGUUAUUAGUAACAUCUGAAUCCAUUAUCGUACGAACAGAAGUAUCCCCCUACCCCUUUUUUAAUUAUUUUUUUCCCAAAAAUCUGUCUUUCGUAUAUAAGUUGUUUUGUUAUGUUUAAACUUCUGUGAUGGUGAUAUAAAAUAUUUCAAUAAGCAAAAAAUAAAAUUAGAAUAAUGUGAUGAAAAAGUAUCUUUCGAUAUAUUUCAAUUAAUUAAUUACAUGAAAUGAAUUAUGAUAUUAAGCGGAAUCUAAUUUAGAUGCCAUUUCAGGUAUUAUUGUAAUUUCAUCGAACAUCUUUAAUCUCGUUCAAGAAAAAGAAAAAAAUGGAAAACACUAUUUUUAUUUUAUUUGAAACAUAGGCGUAAUCUCGUUAAUAAAGAUAUCAGCCUUUCGGAUGGGUGGUGGAAAAAAAGUCUCCGCAUAAUCGAGGUUCGGUUAAACAGAUAAAUAUGCAAAAAUAUCAAAGCAUGAUGAAUAUUCAUACUUAUCUGAUAUGAGAUAUAGUGGUUUAUUUGUGAUUUUAGGUGUACAUGGUGCAGAGAGCUUCAGAAAAUAAUUGUUGAAUAUAAAAUAUUGCACCUUGGAUUUUUGGAAAAGUUUUAAGGAUUAAGUAGAAUCAUUCUAAAUUGACUCAAAAAUAUAUAAUAGCAUAAUAAGAUUUUGUACAUGCAUGUUCACAAUUGCUAAGUUUCAAGUGUUAAACUAAAAGGAAGGGAGGUAACUCUGUGUGUUAGAUAGACGAAUAUGAUCGUUCGUAUAUUUGUGAUCCCUGUUUAGAAGGAUUUUCAUUUCAUUAAUAUAUUUUAACAUAUAUAUUAUAUAAAAAUUAUCUAUAUAAAGAUAUAUAUACUCGUAACUUAUUUCUAAUGUGACGAUUGUUUUUUAAUGAGUUAAAUGUAAACAUGGGAGUAGAUAAUGAUAAAUUAAUUUCGCUGUCUUUCCAUAAUGAAUGUACGGUGUCUUUGUUAAAUGUCGAUAAGUGCACUGAAAGAAAAGUAUGUGUCACAUGAUAAGUUGAAAUGCCAAAGGUAAGAUUGUCGUUACGUAAGUAAAAGGUCAUAUUUUGCAUUAGAUGCUAGACAAUUUUUUUUUUAUACCGGUAUUUGAAAAAGAAUGUUACAUUAUGUAAGUUACAUCUAAAAAAAAAAAAGAAUUUUCUUAAAUUGUUUGUUUGUAAUCCAUAUAUUUCUAAUUGAAAAAUGAAAGUUGACCUGGUCUAUUUGUAGAUGAUGUAUUGUAUGUAAGUUUAUGCAUGUUAGCAAAAUAUUUCACUGAUUUAGUUUUUGAAGUAAAAAUGGUUCGAGGUCAUUUCCGGGGAUAUUGUAAAUAGAUUGGCAUCUAUACAGAUUCUGUCUUCGGCAAUUUUCGUUAAUCAUCGGAACUGCUCGUUAAUUUCCGCCAUAAAUCGAUGUUAAAUUAUGUGCGGGAUCUGAAAUGGAAAAUUAUAUUGAACUACUGUAGAUAACGUAACAUAUCCCAUCUGGAUUUUAAUUUGCAAAUAAUUAUGACAGAUCACUUAAAUAUCAGAUUGAACAAAAAAAAAAUCAUGACAAUGCAGAUAGCAAUCUAUAUUACAUCUGUUAUUCUGAUGUACUUACAGCAAAGUUUAGUUGUCAUUUUAUGUUGAAUAUAUUUCAAUCAAUUUUAGUCGAUUUUUGAACAUUUUGUUACCCCAAUUCAAGCGUGUAUAAAAUCAAGACUGCCAGAUCAAGUGAUAAUCCCCGUUUUAUGACCUCAUUGUAGAUAGAACGUGCAAAUGUAUUCACGCAUGCGCAGAGAUAAGUGUGUUUAAAUGUGUAAUGGUCGCAUUUACAUCUUGUUGCUGUUUGAUUUUGUUUUU